ACAUAACACCCACAGAUCACUACUCCCUUCUAUUCUGCAAAUGGAACCACCAAAAUAUUCUGCGCCGUUUUUACUCUUCACGUCUGCGAUUUUAGUUUUCGGUCUCUCUUCUUCGUUGCACAAGGCUCUUGAGAACUCUACAGCAGAGUUCGGUAACCACACAGGAAUAUCAGACUUUCGAUUACUGAAUAGAAGAAGUCUCAUCACUUGUCCAAACUCUGGUCCUUAUGUCCGUGUCAAAGUUAGCCCGAUAUCCCAACUUUCGGAUGAGCAAUAUGUCACUGUUUCCAUUACCGGUGUUUUCAAUCCUUCUGGAAGUGAUUGGGUUGCCAUGAUCUCACCUUCACAUUCUGAUGUCUCAGUUUGUGCUCGAAACGCCAUUCUUUAUUUGCAGACAGGUGAUUUAAGUUUACUGCCACUGCUAUGCCAUUAUCCUGUCAAGGCACAGUAUGUAAGCAACGAUUUGGAUUAUAUAAGCUGCAAGAAGAAAGAAUGCAUGGUAUAUCACAGAGGAAGAUGUCUAGUGGCAACAUGUGGUGCCACAUUGACGUUUCAUGUUAUCAAUAUUAGAACUGAUAUUGAAUUUGUGUUGUUUCGUGGGGGGUUUUUGACCCCUUGCAUCGUUACGAGAUCUAGGCUGAUCAACUUCAAAAAUCCCAAACAACCUUUAUACGGGCAUCUCUCGAGCGUUGAUUCCACUGGGACAACGGUAUGUAACCAUUUCCAUUGUGCUACAUUGUAGGGAAAAGAGCAACUACCUCCAUUCAUGAAAUAUCGAAAACAAUUUUUGCUAUCAUAUACGAUACUACUCCCUUUUUUAUUAUAUAUGCUGACAUUUUUCCAAGUGUGAUUAAUCCCUUGUUUAAAUGAUAACGAUGUUAAUAAGAAAAUACUCCAUGGAUCAUGUGGCCUGCUGUAUAUGAUUUGUUUGGUUUAAUUUGUUUA